UAUUUUCAGGUCGACUAAUUGGGUCAAAACGCUAGCGGCUGAUUGGAGAAGGUAUAGCGUGCAUGGUUUCAAUUAGCCAACGGAAUUACAUAACUAACACGUCAAAUCAAAGACAGAUCAAUAUUAACAUCAGAUGCUUGAUCCCACCUUGAAGACUUAGAUUGGAGUAUUGUGAUCGAGUAUGGCCGAUAUAAUCACAACGAUGACAAGAACCUAGUUAUAAUUGAAGCUGCGACGAAGAGCAGAUCUCAUCUCAGAUAAAAAAAAAAAAAAUCCCUAUCCAGAUUGCAACUGCUGAUGCAUUUAUUUCGCGUAAAAAGCGUCGAAGAUAUUAGACACCAGUAGCAUAACGGUGAACUCACAUACCAGUUUCUGCUUAUUGAUAGAACCACAUCAAAAUACAAUUAAAACAAAAUCAUUUAGGCCUACCGUUUAUCCAACUGCAAGUUUGAGUGCGUAUUCGAUUUAGAUUAUCUUCGAAAUCAUUGCAUUUUGCAAAUUGAAAGUCAGGUGCAAUAUUAAUUUAGUCAAGGUCUGAAGCAUAUCGUCGCACCACAGUAGAUCUACAGCAUCAUUUCAUUCAUCUUGGAAGUCUAGACAUUUCAUCAUCGAUUGAUGCCUUCGGUGGCGUGCAGCGAUUGAUCGGAUGCACCGCCGUGAUCGUUGAGGAGAUCGACUACGCCAUUGUGACCAUUUACGAGCAUGGGUUGUGGGUCCAGUCAGACUGCAUUCAUCAGGGACAUGUAUCGUGAGCCGAGUGAGUUCGAUACGUGUUCGACUGUGUUAUCGGGAAGAGAAAACAGAGGAGAACCAGAUGGAAAGGAGGUCUCACCAACAGUUGGCGAUCCUUUACUCAAGAAAGACUCCAACAAUCUAAAUACGAAACCGACAUCAAGAUCACCUUAUCUUUCCAAGAGAGAGGAUAUUCCUUGCAAAAACAAAACUCCUCGAAGAUCAGAACCCUACAAAAACGGACAGAAGGUUGUCUUUACCGCUCUCAGUGAACAGAACGAACACGAUGGUCGUGGUGUUCGACAUAAAAUGAGGAAAACGACCACGGAUGACGAUGGCGAGAUAAUGAACGACGGUGAGCUUGCUACUCUGCGAGGCGUACCGGAUGAAGACCGAGAUCUCCUCGUAGCGACAUAGCCAUUGUAUUAAUAGAUAACGGCACUCGUGUGCCAAAUGCGGUCCGAAAACUUUCCGAUAGAACAUGAAAACGGGCCUAUAGGCUAAAUACGGACUACUGUUAAAAAAAGACCAAUGGUAACCAGAAUAGUUCAAGUGCAACAGCAGCUCUGCUGAUGAUCUGAGGUCUCCUGUAGGGAUUGGGCAUAUUAGCGAUGCGAUACAGGACAUGUAGAUAUUAUAUGGCUGGUCAAACCAUUUUAGUACAAUCCAUGGCCAAUUAGUCUUGAACAGCAAUCAAGUCACUAGUGAUGGACGAUGAAAGAAUGAUGAGGGCGCUCUUCAAGCUGUCCAAGGUCCCAGAAUACUCGAGGAUAUCGUGGUACGUACCCUAUAACCAUGCAACCAGGGGUGGAUCCAGGAUUUUUCGAAGGGGUCGCAUUUUUACCAGAGGAAAAUUUUGACAAGCGAAAAAAAAAAGGGUUUUAACCAAAAAUUUAGGGUAUUAUGUCCACGAAAAAUUGACAAGCAAAAAGAAAAGGAAACACUUCUGUUUUAAUGGCAUUUUUACAUUAAAAAAAAUUAACUGUGCCUCUCAAAGAGGGGGGCGGGGGCACGGGCCGGCAGUGCCCCCACCUCCUGGAUCCGCCAGUGCAUGCAACGUAUUCAGUCUGAGGCAUGACAGAGUCCCUUCGCAAGAACUGAUCGGAGACUUCAAUGGCCGAAGCGGGGGAAAAAUUGACAACUUAAAAGUUGAACGUAUUCCGGAAGAUAUACCUCUAUUUUGCCAAUGAGCCAUUACCGCGUCACAACGCGGCAAUUUGCAUUUAAUCACAUAGAGGGUAGCAAAUCUGGCAACCUGCAGUCUACGUUCUUUGGUCACAACGAUAUAUUAUGUGAAUCUGGCAUUUACAAAUUCAACACCAUGAAGAGGCUGUUACUAAUACUGUGAACAGCCUAGGGAUAUUAUUUGCAUAAAAGGUAGCAAUUUUGAUUUUUUUUUUCUUUAACGCCUUGUUCAAGGGCGAAUCGGUGCCCCUUUUAAGGUUUUUAAAGGAACAAAAAACGAACAAAGAAAAACCGAAUGGCCUCAUGAAAAUUGAUUUAAAUUAAGGCAGUCAAUCUACUUUUUUUUUCAAUUCCUUCAUUUGGAAGCGAUGCUCCCUUUUUUUUCUUUUUUCCCCUUUUUUGGGGGUGUUUUUUUACUUUUCAUUAUUGGGCAAAAUACACCCCCUUAAAAAAAGUGGAUUAGCACCCGUUUACCAUUUCUCAAUCGAAAUCUUAAUCUCUUAUAACUCAAUUGAAAAAUGAAGGAGUAUCCAUCUCUUACUAAAUUUUCUAUUUGAGCCUAUGGAGCUUAUAUAUAGUUGAUUGAUUAUGAUAUGAUAUAAGGUCAUGAUUUUCAUACUGUAUAUAUUCUAUUGUGUAUUUUCUUUCUAUCUCUAAAAUUUGCUUAUGGAAUGCUUUAUCAUAAGCCAGCAUGUUUAAUAUUCCAACGAAGUAAUUAUCGGCUGUUUCCCCCGUAAUUGGGGAACAUCAUUACAUUUUCCAUAUACUGUAUGCUAUUAAAUCACUUGGUCAUAAGACAAGUAAUCAAAAUGAAAAAUAAUACUCGCAGUCUCUGCCUCGGCAAUGUCAAAAGCCUUCGACAUCCUAUGGAAAAAUAAUUCGAUCGAAUACUGAAAUUGCAUGUGGCUUAAUUUUUAGAAAAUAAUUGCAGCAUUGACAUGCUUGGCGAUGUAUGAUAAUUAUACAGGGUUUAAGUUUUCUUACUAUUUUAUUUUGUUUAACAGUGAUUUCAUGCAUGACUAUAUUGUGUCAUGAGGCCGUGAGGAGAGCUUUUCAUGAAGAGUUUUAUUUGUGAUUUUUACUGACCUAUUUUCUUUCAGCCAACCAGAUACCAAUAUUUUCAGUAGCUUAUAACACGUCUGUUUGUGAAAAAUCACAGACAAAAAUCAUGAAAAGGUCCCCACAAGUGGGUGAGUAAGAACCUACACUGUAGAAAAUAUUGGGUAAAAUUUUAACCAGCACGAGGGUAAUUAUGUGUCCAACAAAUUUGAGGCAGUAUUUUACCCAAUGCGGGAAGCAUAUUGUCCAGUAAGGUUAAAAAAUGACAGCAAUUACUUUAGAAUGGGCAAAAUUUUCAUCACACUGGAAAAAUAAAAAUGCUAAAAAAAAUGCCCAAUGUUGGUUGGAUAUACCCUCAUGGAGUAUUUUUACCCAACAUUUUUAGAGUGUUAUUAUUCAUAUAAAAGUACAUAGUAAAACGCUGUUUACAUUUUUAUGCAGCAACGCUGUUUAUACUGAAUGAACAGCAGUUGAUUAAGCAAUUUAAACAAGCUUAGUGUUUAACAUUUUAAACAACAAAGAUUUAUUUUUAAUUCUCAAUGAAUUAAGCAUGGUUGAUUAAACUAUUAUACAACUAUAAAGUUCACAAUUACAGUAAACAGUUUUGUUUAAGUUUUUGACAGCAUUUGUACCGUGUAUUGUGAAGUUUGUGAGUAUUUUUGCAACUUGAGUGUUUAUUGUUCACCAAGAAACUAACGAGAAAUAACAAUGUGACCACUUGGCACUGAUGAUGUAACAUGUUGUACUUUCAGCAAGAAGCAAAACAAUUACUGCUAAGCUAGACGUGGUCUUUCAAAAAACUAUUUGUUAGCACCUUAAUGACACAGAUAAUGAGCAACAAAAUAAUGGGCGAAGAUGAUUACUUGAUAAAAGAUGAUUGCUUGAUAUGAUCUUGAAAUGUAUGUGAUGAUAGCAAAGUCAUCAUGGUCAUAUUCCAACAAUUGUUGCAAGAUAUAAUUGUAUUCACUGGUUCUCCAAUGGCAAGUGAUACAUAAUUCACAAUUAAAAGUGAGUUCAUCUAUCGCCAGGCUUCAAUUAUGGAAGCUAGUCAAUCUAUUGCAAUAUAUAGUUACGAUCAAAAGAGCCUCAAUGUACGUAGUUCAUUUGACAUUUUCGUACGAACGAUCGUUGUUUUCGGACUGUCAGUUUCGCACUGGCCUUCAAAAUAACAAACCUCAUAUUUCGAACAAACAAACCUCUAGAGUAACGAAUCUUAUUUCAUCUUAACACAGUAUCUGCGUUAGCACACUCUUCCUCUCGAACUAAAAAAUAUUGGGAUAUAUGUUCAUUUUGUGUGUUUUUUUAAUAACAAACGAUUUGAGUAUUCGAACCUUUGAGGUAACGAGUAUCACCUAAUUGACAAAGUGUAUCUCUUACAAUUUAUGGAACUCAGAAUAAAGAAAAAAGGGAAUAUCUUUUGUUGGUGUGCAUAGCUUUACUGAUAUUGACUAAUGUUUUUUGAAUAACAAACGUUUUGAGUAUUCGAACUUUUGGGGUAACGAGUAUCACCUAAUUUACAAAGUGUAUCUUUUGCAAUUUAUGGAACUCAGAAUAAAGAAAAAAUGUACAUCGUUUGUUGAUGUGCAUAUCUUUAUUGAUAUUGACUAAUAUGUAUCUGGUGCUAAUAAUCAGCCUCAACAAUUUUGUAACAAAAUCACCUUGCUAUCUGCCACGUUUGGUCGCUGGGUCAUUGAUGGGUCACCUACCCCUAUAUGCUAAAAAAGAUAAAUUUAUUUAGUUUUGGUGCAUUAAUGUUAUAUAUAUGAUCAAAGUAUUUCGUAUUUUAUCAAUAUUUGGAAUGAUGUGUCUACGUUUGUGUAAAUCCUUAGUAAAUUUGUAAAUAAACACAAUGGAAUUUGUCUAUUGAAAA